AUGAGAUUACUGUCGACACUGAGUGCAGCGUGCCUCAUGGGCAACGCAGCCAACGCCAUCCAAUUGGACGUGGACAGCGAACAAUCGGUCAAGGACGCAGCGAGCACCAUCGCCUUUGGUCUCGUGAGCUUCUACACAGGCAACAACACGGGCGAUGUGCCCGGCAACCUCCCAGAUCCCUAUUUCUGGUGGACCGCGGGCGCCAUGUUCGGCACGCUUGUCGAUUAUUGGUUCCUCACGGGCGACGACACGUACAACGCGAUCACGACACAGGCCAUGGUGCACCAGGCCGGCGACGAGGCCGACUUUAUGCCCCUCAACCAGACACGCACCCUCGGCAACGACGACCAGGGCUUCUGGACGCUCUCCGCCAUGAUGGCCACCGAGGCCGGGUACCCGGACCCGCCCGCAGACCAGCCGCAGUGGCUGGCUCUCGUGCAGGCUUGCUUCAACCAGUGGGCGCAGCGUUGGAUCGAGGCGUCCGACUCGUGCGGCGGCGGGCUGCGGUGGCAGAUCUUCUCGUUCAACAACGGCUUCAACUACAAAAACUCCAUCUCCAACGGCUGCUUCUUCAACAUCGCCGCGCGGCUGGCGCGGUACACGGGCAAUCAGACGUACGCAGAGUGGGCGGAGCGCGUGUGGGACUGGGAGGUCAAGGCAGGGCUCAUCACGGACGACUUCAAGGUGUACGACGGUGUCACUGUCGUCGAGAACAGCCCCGACUGCCCCAAGAUUGACCAGAACCAGUGGUCCUACAACGCCGGCAUUUACCUGCACGGGGCCGCCGUCAUGCACAACGUGACGGGGGACGACAAGUGGCGCGCGCGCACGGUGGGACUCCUCGACGAGACGGAGAAGACAUUCUUCCAGAACGGCGUCAUGUUCGAGCAGCGGUGCGAGCCUUUCAAACAGUGCAACAUUGAUCAGAGCAGCUUCAAGGGCUACCUCGCGCGGUGGAUGGCGGGCACGGCGCAGGUCGUGCCGGACCUCUUUGACCGCAUCAUGGGCCUGCUGCGGCCCAACGCGCAGAGCGCGGCGUCGGUCUGCGUCGGCGACCCAGACCAGGGGUUCCCAGGAAUCGGCGGCACGGCCUGCGGGCUGGCGUGGCAGCCGCGGGGCCAGUUUGACGGCCUCGUCGGCGUCGGCGAGCAGAUGAGCGCCCUGUCGGCUGUCAUGUAUACACUCGUGCAGAAGGAGAGGACGGCGCCCGUGACGGCGGAGACGGGCGGCACGAGCAAAGGCAACCCGCAAGCGGGCAUGGAGCCGCACUCGUGGGAGUUUAAGCCGAUACAGCAGGCCGAGCGUGUGGCCGCCGGGUUCCUGACGGUGGGCAUCCUGACGUCGCUCAUGGCGGGGGUCUUUUUCGUCAUGAAGGAGGAGACCAAGUGA